CUAGAGUUGACCAUGGUGCGCAACGUGGACGACCUAGACUUUUGUCUGUCUUCCCAUUCCCAGAGCAUCCUGGAGGGCCUGCGCUCUCUUUGCUCUCACCCCAAACUGGUGGAUGUGACUUUAAGUGCAGGGGGGCGGGACUUCCCCUGUCACCGCAGCGUGCUGGCCCUCUGCAGUAUGUACUUCCGCUCCAUGUUUUCAGGGGACUUUGUAGAGAGCAUAGCUGCUCGUGUAGAGCUUCAUGACGUGGACCCAGACAUCUUCAGCUCCUUGCUGGACUUUGCCUACACAGGCAAAUUGACAAUCAACCAGGACAAUGUGGAAGGACUGAUCUGCACCUCCAGCCAGCUGCAGUUCCAAACAGUGCGAGCUGUGUGUAGCCGAUACCUUCAGCACCAGAUCGAUGCAACCAACUGCCUGGGAAUUCUGGAGUUUGGGGAGAUCCAUGGCUGCCCAGAGGUAGUAGCCAAGGCAUGGGCCUUUCUCUUGGAGAACUUUGAAGCGGUGCAGCAGGGUGAGGAGUUCCUGCUGCUGGGAAAAGACAGGCUGGCUGCUUGUCUGUCCAAUGAAGGACUGCAAACGCGGUCAGAGUGCACCCGUGUGGAGGCCGUCCUGACCUGGGUCAGGCACCACAAGGAGUCUCGGCUUUGCCAUCUCCCUGAGCUCCUGAUGCUGACCCGCCUCUCACUACUCAGCCCAGACUACCUGGCUGACAACCUGCUGAAGGACAGUCUGGUCCUGGCUUCUCCCAGCUGCAGGGAGGCUGUUGAAAAUGUUCACAGAGAGAAGAUGGAUUUAGUGCCAGGAUAUACGGACCGAGUCAGCUCUCAGAGUCCACAACCAAACCUGCAGGAGGUGUUGUUUGUAAUGGGAGGUCGAUCCCUGGAUGACUCAGAUGAUGAAGAUGAAGAUGGGGACAGAGACCCAAGACUGCUGCCCAGAAACUGUGCCUUCUACAACACAAAGACCCAACAGUGGCAUGAGCUCCCUAAUUUCCCCAACCCUAACAAGUGGGGUUACUCCAUGGUCUCACUGAACAAUGAUGUCUAUGUCACAGGGGGCUCCCGAGGUUCAAAUACCAACACCUGGUCAACCACAGAGACCUGGAAGUACAUCACUCGAGAGGGGAGGUGGGUUACUGUGGCACCUAUGCUCCGGCCUCGGACUAACCACAUGUCAGCAACACUGAAUGGAGAGAUUUACGUCAUUGGAGGGACAACCCUGAGCCAUGUUGAGGUUGAACACUAUGACCCAUACAAUGACACCUGGGCCUUAACAUGCCCUGCCUUGAGAUAUGUGACUAACUUCACUGCCACUUCAUGUAAUGGGAAGCUCUACGUCAUCGGCUCAUGUGCAGUGAAGUACAAUGCUUUGACUAUGCAGUGCUACAACCCCGUCAUAGAUGGUUGGAGUAUUAUUUGUUCCCCCUUCAUCCCUAAGUACUUGUCCUCUCCUCGCUCUGUCUCUAUGGAUGGCAUUAUUUAUCUGGUUGCUGACAACACUAAAAAAGUCUACUCUUAUGACCCGGAAGCAAAUAUGUGGCAAAAGGUCCAGCUUCUCCACAUGCUCCAUGAGAAUGGAGGUCUGGUAGUGCUGGAUGGGCAGCUGUUUGUCACCGGAGGCCAUUGGAAAGGUAUGGACGGAGACUAUGGGGUUGAAGUGGAAGCGUACAAUCGAGCAUCCAACAGCUGGAGCGUGGAGUGUUUCCUUCCAAGACUCUGGUUCUACAGUGGAACUUGUAGCAUAUUCCUAGACCCGUCGCAGUGGCCUGAGCUUUUCCCCAUUGAUUCAACAUAAGGGCCCUGCCAAACUAACCUCAGACUCACAGUGAGCAUAGCCCUCUCUGUCACUUGUUACAAUGCAAAGGGAAUGUUUACCACGGGGUUAUAGGGAUGUCAUUGCACCCCAGAAUAGUGUGUCACUUGAUCCUCAGGUAUUCUUAGUUGUUUUUAGGGCCCUUUUUGGCUGUGGAUAUGUUUUUAUUUGUACUUCAUAUCAUGUGAAUUUGAGAUCAGCAUUAUCGUGAAUCAUUAAAACUUUGCAGAAAAUAUUUUGUGACCUGCUGUUUUGAUUGUUGACAUUAUGCAUAAAUUGCAUAUGA